AUGUUUAUCUCCACCAAGUUAACCUCCGGAGAGAAGCCUCAGGUUUGCACUACCUCGCCUGUAAGAUUGGCUGUCUUCACAGUUAUGCCUUUCCACAGAGAGACUUUUGUUCCCUCUUUUGUCUCUUACAACAAAGACAAGGGGGGGGGGAAAUGCACUCGUUUUGAAAAGCAACAAGUCAACACUUCUUUGCAUGGCAUUAAACAAAAUAAAACACCCUUCUCUCUUCCUCCUGCUUUCCCCAGGAAAAAAAAAAAAAAAAAAAAGCAAAAAUACCUCCUACUCCUUUGCACCAUCUCCAAAGGCUAUCUUCUUUUGCAUCCUCACAUUAGGAUUCGAGGAAUCACAUUAGGACUUCCAAAUGCUUAUUUCAUAAAACUUUAA